AUGGCAGACUUGUUCAGCGGGCUCGUGGGCGGGGUGGUGGGCGCUGUGGCCGCAGCAGACCUCCCGGCCGAAGGCGAGAGGGCCCCCCGCCAGGCCCCAGGCACUGCCUGGAGCUGCUGCUGCAGCAAACUGCAAGAAGGGGCCCGCGAGUUGGAGGGUUUUGUGCAGCAGUUGAGUUUUGUUGCGGGCAAGUUGGCUUGCUGCUUGCGGGUGGGGGCGGAGCAGCUGGCCCGCUGCGCGGCGGAGGGCCGGCUCCCCAGCAGCAGCAGCAGCAGCAGCAGCAGCAGCAGCAGCUGCUGCGGGCUGCUGCAGCUGGAGAAGCAGGACUUGGAGCAGAGUUUGGAGGCCGGGAAGCAGGGGGCUGAGUGCCUCUUAAGAAGCAGCAAACUGGCUCUUGAGGCGCUGCUGGAGGGGGCCCGAGUUGCUGCAGCAAGAAGCCUCAUUUUGGUGGAGAGCAGCAAAGACUCGCUGCUGCGCAGCAUACCCCACACGCAGGAGAAGCUGGCCCAGGCCUACAGCAGCUUCUUGCGGGGCUACCAGGGAGCAGCAGCAGCAAGGUCUCUCGGCUACGGGGCCCCUGCUGCUGCUUACGGGCAGCAGCAGCAGCCCAGCAGCUACGGGGCGCCCCCAGCCAGCAGCCAGCAGCCCUCCGGCUUCUUCUGGCAGCGGGAGAGCAGCAGGGGCGAGAAGCAGGUCUAUGUAGCGCAGGCAGCAGCAGCAGCUGCUGCUGCAGCUGCUGCUGCAGCAGCAGCAGCAGCAGCAGCAGCAGCAGCAGCAGCAGCGCCUGCACCGCAGCGUUGUGUCAUUUGUUACGUUGGCAGCUCUGAGGCCUCGGCGCAGCCAACGCGCCUCAGCCCCAGCAGCGCCAACGCCGCCGCCGCUGCUGCUGCUGCUGCUGCUGCUGCUGCUGCUGCUGCUGCUGCUGAUGGGGGGCCUCGGGGGCAGAGGCAGCAAAUCUGUGGGCCAGGGCUCGAAGUAAAGAAAAACAAAAGGAGCCACUUGGAGGCCCUCGGGCAGCAGCAGCAGCAGCAGCGGCUCUCUCUCUGCCGCUUCUGCUGCAGCAGCUGCUGCUGCAACUACUCUCGCUGCAGCACUGCUGCUGCUGCUGCUGUAACUGCAGGGGCAGCUCGUACAAGUGCAGCACCUCCAGCAGAAGCACCAGCAACAGCAGCAGCAGCUGCGUCAGCAGCUGCAGUAGCAGCAGCAACAGCAGCAGCUGCUGCGUCAGCAGCUGCAGUAGCAGCAGCAACAGCAGCAGCUGCUGCGUCAGCAGCUGCAGUAGCAGCAGCAACAGCAGCAGCAGCUGCGUCAGCAGCUGCAGUAGCACCAGCAACAGCAGCAGCAGCUGCCAGCAGCAGCAGCAGCAGCAGCAACAGAAGCAGCAGCAACAACGUCCGCAGCAGCAGCAGAAGAAGCAACAUCCGCGUCAGCAUCAGCGUCAGCUGUAGCAGCAGAAGCAGCAAUAACAGCAGCAGCAGCAAUAGAAGCAGCAGCAAUGGCAGCAGAAACAGCCAUAACAGCAGCAACAAUAGCAACAGCAGCAACAACAGCAGCAGCAUCAACAGCAGCAACAAUAGCAGCAGCAGCAACAACACCAAGAGCAGCAAGAGCAGCAGCAGCAGCAGCAGCAGCAGCGGCAAACCUUUGGUGUCUGGGGGCGCCAAAGUGAAGGCAAAUGCGGUGAGCUCAUCUGUGCAACAACAGCAAGAGCAGCAGCAGCAGCAGCAGCAGCAGCAGCAGCAGCAGCAGCAGCAGCAGCAGCAGCAGCAGCAGCAGCAGCAACCUUUGUUGUCUGGGGGCGCCAAAGUGAAGGCAAAUACGGUGAGUUCAUCUGUGGGGUGGGACUUCAUAAAGAGAUGCGCAGAAAGAAGGCCGAAGGGCAAAAACUCGUAG